AAGGUUGGAAAUCAGUCAGCGACAAACUUGACAUGCUUGACAGUCGAGACGUUAUGCACCAGGCCAAAUUCUCACGUAAUACGUGCUAGAUCCUUGAAUGAGAGUAGUAGCUCGGUGAGUGCUACCCGAGCCCGCUUGCGUCAUUGAGAACCCAUAUAUAAAGUCGCGCUAUUCUAGCCACCGCUUAAAGACCACACUUUAUGAACGUUUACAGCUCGUACAUACUGUAGAUACUCAUCGACAUCCCUCGACCCUAUUUCAUCAUGACACUACCUACUAAGCACAAGGCACUUGUCCUCAAAGCCCAGAAUGAUCUAAGUAUUGAAACCUUCGAUGUAUAUCAUCCCGAAGCGGGAGAACUCCUCGUUCGUGUCGAAGCCGUUGCUCUCAACCCAGCAGAUUGGAAGCUCCGAGAUCGGGGAUUCCAGAGAUAUCCUACCGUACUCGGGCUUGAUGCCGCAGGCGUUGUUGUUGCAGUUGGCGAUGGCGUCAAAUCAACUGCUGUCGGCGACAAGAUAUUCUACGCUGGGUACCUCAGCGAUCUCAGCCUUGGCACAUUCCAGCAGUAUAACAAAACGCGACCAGAAUUUGCCUCUAAGAUUCCUCCCAAUCUUACUUUUGAGCAGGCCGCAACGAUUCCACUUGCAUUGACUACCGCUGCAACCGGGCUAUAUGGCAAGGUGCAGCCAAGUGGUGGUGCAGGCCUGACACCUUCUUGGACGCCCGAAGGAAGAGGGAAGUAUGCAGGUCAACCCCUUGUUGUCUUUGGUGGAUCCUCCUCAGUUGGGCAAUAUGCCAUUCAGUUGGCGAAGCUUUCUGGAUUCUCGCCAAUCAUCACCACUGUGUCCUCAUACAAUGUGGAACUUGUCAAGUCUUUGGGCGCGACGCAUACUAUCGACCGGCACCUCUCCUCCAGGGAGAUUGCCAACGAGGUCAAAAAAAUUACUUCGGAGCCCGUCAAGGUUAUAUACGAUGCAAUAUCAUUAUCCGAGACGCAGGAUGCUGCAUACGACGUUCUUGCAUCCGGAGGUAUCCUCAUCAUUGUCCUAGGUGCCAAGGUCGAUAAGGACAAAAUUACACCAGACAAGAAGAUUAUCGGCACCCAUGGAUCAUGCUACAGCCCUGUAAACAGAGAGCUUGGGAUCAGCUUGUGUAGCCACCUUACGGAGCUUGUCGCUUCGGGUGACAUCAAGCCUAACGCUUCGGAGGUCGUGCCUGGAGGUCUUACCAGUAUAUCGAAGGCGUUAGACAGGUUGGCGAACAAUGCGAUCAGUGGAAAGAAACUUGUGGUUCAUCCUUCCGAGACAGUCUGAGUUAUUGGCCUUCAGAUAUACCUAUUCACGAUGCAUGUGCAAUACAAUAGCCAUGGGGUUAAGACACAUUUACUCGCUAUCAUGACUGCUGGUAAAC